AUGGAGCGAAAAAUCAAGCUAACAAUCAAAAACAUAAUGGAAGGAUCACAAAAAUUCGAAGUAGACUUGCCAUCUUCGGCCAGUGUAGCAGAUUUGAAGAUGGCAAUAUUUCUUCGAACACAAAUCUCUUCGUCGGAUCAAGCUUUGAUCUAUCGCAAAAAUCAGCUAACGCCAGACGAAAGUUUACUUCAAAGCUUCGGAAUAACUAACAACUCGAUUAUAACAUUGAAUGCUGUAGUGACUACUGGAAGGAGAAACACUAACAGCCCAUCUGAUCACAUUCUGGAAGUCAUUGCUCAUCUGCUAUCGCGAGAUAAAAAGUCCAAACUGAGCAUCGUGGAUUCUAAAUCUUCUAAACGAAAAAACAGAAAGAAGCAGAAGCAAGCAGAUGAAUUACAACCAACGUCGAUGGAUUCGGAUUUAUCUGAAAAGCGGAAUAGUCGCCAUGAAUCUAUUGACACAAUAUCUUCAAGUAAAAACUGUACAGACGAUUCAUCUAAAGCAUCUUUGAUAUCAUCCAAUGACAUCUCCAACAUAUCCGACAAUGGAAGUUCAAUUCGUACUUCCGACGAUCUCUCUACGGACAUGUCUGUUGUUUCAAUGGAUAUAAGCGAAGUUAAAGAUAGUUCGAGUGAUAGCUUGAAACUAAAAUGCAAAUGUCAGCUAAAAAAAUGUGGGAAAAGGCUAUCUUUAACUGAACAAACGAUGACUUGUCGAUGUGAAAAAUCUUUUUGUUUGAAGCAUCGAGGGCCAGAAAGUCAUCUAUGUCCUAUUGACUACAAGCAAUUAGAACGAGAGAAGUUGCGAAAGGAUAAUCCGAAAGUCGACUCACGCACAUGCAACAAAAAUUUGAAUUGGUAG